UAUUCUUUUCGAGAGCCAGCCGGUUCUGCAUCGUUGAUUGUCAUUUCCUCACAGCUGCCCGCCAGCUGCGCUCGAGCUGUUUGUUCCUUUCUUUGACUCGGUAAUGUCUGCAACCGAACAAUGACUACCAUUGAGAUUGUGACUUUGAACUCAACGUAAAAGCGGCUCACUCGCUUCCUUCGUCCUUCCGCAUACGGACUCAUCCAGAACGGCGACAAAAGCAACGGCGGUGCAGUCGGAUUGAUCCGAUCUGUCUGCUGACCUCUGCCUGCAAUCAUGGCUAGCAAUCAAUAUCGCCAACAAUGGCAGCAAGGUCCGACUCAGGUACAACAACCGUACCAGUACGAUCGCAGGAAUGAUCAAAUGCAGUGGCAAGAGAAUGGGCGUGGUCAAGGCGCAUAUAAAGAGGAAUACCAACGGUACAAUGAAGCACCCAAAAGUCGCAAUGGGUACGGGCCUGGUCCUGCACCGGCGCCGGCGCCAAUAAAUCAUGAUCAGCAAGGACAGUGGCAGAACCAGAGCCAAUACCCACAAGGUGGCUACCAGGAUCAAUAUAAUGACAACGAAAAUGGCUAUGCCAACGGAGAGCCCUACUACGAGCAACCUCCUCCUCCUCCUUCCGAUCGCACAUAUCAUUACGACGAACGGUAUCGUACCAAUGGUCACAGCAGACCAGCGCCAGAACAACAUCCUUCAAGCCACUCGGAUGGACAGAGACCGCCGCGAGACCAGAGGUCUGGACCCCCCAACCCACAAAAGAGAUCGAAACCACGUGAGCGUGAACGUAUCCUGGCUCAACCAACAUCACCGAAGAGUCUGGCAUGGGACAACCCAUUCGGUGCUUUCCCUGCUAAGAAUAAGAAGCAUGGUGAAACUCACCGGCAUGCUAGCCUGGAUGCUGAACUCAACAAUCUGAACCUUGAUCGCCCUGCCAGCGACGAGUCGCGACCGCAUACUUCUCAUGGUCACCGCAGGAAAGAGCCGCCUGCGCCCUUGCCCUUAUCUGACACAACACACAAUCAGCGUCCUGGACUGGGAAUUGCUCAGGAAUCUUUCCAAACAACUCCUCCGCACAUGGUUCGACCUCCGCCUCGGCAGGAUUCUCAAUUGUCGUCUGGGCGUGGUCAACAGGACCUCCAAACAUCUCCCCCAAACGAUCCUCGUCCAUUCCCAAGGCAGGAUCAUCAAGCGCCUCCUGGGCGUGGUCAGCGGGACCCCCAAAUGGCUCCUACUGACAUGGUCCGUCCUCCGCCUCGGCAAGAUUCUCAAACGAGCAGUGGGCGCGUUCCUGCAGACAAUUAUCGUCCGCCGCCGUCCAGACCGCAGGACAAUACUCCGAACUCCCCCAGACGGAUUCGUCACUCGCCUCCUCAGCGUGGCCAGCAGGAUUUCCAAACAGCUCCUCCAGAUAUGAGUCGCCCUCCACCACGACAGGAGUAUGCACCACCACCAGGACGUGUCCAGCAGGGCCCCCAAACACCUCCUCUAGACAUGGGGCGUCCUCCGCCACGACAAGAUUCUCAAGUACCUAAUGGUAGUGGUCGUCAAGACAUCCCAAUGGCCCCUCCAACCAUGGGUCGCCCUCCGCCCCAGCGGGAUCAUCAAGUGCCUCCUGCGCGCGUCCCUAAAGAUCAAUAUCGUCAGCCACCAUCUAUACCGCAGGAGAGUAUGCCAAGUUCGCCUAUGCAUCCGCCCAGACAAGAACCACGAAGGCCACCGCCCAUGAACCAAGACCACAGCGGCUCUGGCUCAUAUGGAGGUAUGAACGGUUAUGACGAUCAAGGUGCUUACGAUGGAGGUAGAAACUACCCUCGCCAGGACAGUAUCCCGAAUUCACCUAGGCGCCCACCCAGACAGGACGUACGAGUAUCACCACCAAUGAAUCAGGAUCAUGGUGGACCUGGGACAUAUGGCGGUUUCGACAAUUAUGAUGCUCGAGUGCCGUAUGAUGGAGGUGGAAACUACCCGCCUCAAGCCAGACCACGCAAUGACCACGCCACGCGCGACCAAGGCUACCCGCAAGAUCAUAUGCCUCCUGCAAGAGUACCUGUUCCACCUACUGAAUCACGGCAAAGACAGGCACCUCGGCCACCAGCGCCACAAGCUCGCCCACCUGCACUGGAACAUUACGAUGGAAGUUCAUAUCGAGCUGUGCCUAGUGCCGUGCACGGCAAGACGAGGAGCAAUGAACUGCCAAACUUCGACGCUAUACCAGCACAAGCAAACGAGAAGGCCGAAUUUGACCAACAAGUCUAUCAAAAGCCAACCUAUCAAGUUCCAGGCGCAUACCCUGGACAGAUUAAUACUGCUCAGAAUGGCCAAGUUCCUGCGAAUGAGAUGAACUCUCCUUUGGCCGAAUUCUCAUUCGACAUAGGUCCGACUCAAAAAAACAGGCCUCUGGACCGGCGGUCUCCUGAAAAUCAGCAAGGACACCCCAAUCAGAGGAAUUAUGAUGCACGGGGAGCACCGGCAAACGGAUAUGGGGACAUGCAACGACAGCAGCCACAGUAUCCUCCUCGAUCCGCAAGUAGGAAUGGCAUAAAGCCACCCAUGGGAAAUGUUCCAGCUAUCCCGGUCGAUACGCAAGGUUACCGUUCGUUUAGUGAGAGGCAAUAUCCUGCUCAAGGCCAAUAUCCUCCUAGGCCACAUACAGCCAAUGCACCACGUCCGCCACUACAGAACUAUGAUAUGGGCAACCCAUAUGGCCAGAAGUUAUCGCCAGAGAUGCGCUCUGACUCGGCACCUGUCGGCCCAGGGCCACAAAAUCAAGGAUAUAGCCAAAGCCCCGUUCAGCAAUUCCGGCAGCCGUAUGGUCAAGGACCAGCUCUGCGAAAACCGUCCCAAGACAAUUAUGCAGGUGGUCUUCCCCCUCCUAGGCAGAUGUCACAGGACAAUUACAACCCGGCAGCGCCUCGACCGGGCACGUCUUCUGCGCAUCCAGUCCCUGUAAGACACUAUGGAAACUCGAAUGCCCCGGCCAACCCAGCCGCCGUCAACCCAGAUGCAUUGCCACCUCAUCCGGAACCAGUUCGACCCAAUGGCAGCAAUGGCUAUCCGCCGCAGCCCACAGCCCAACCUAUCCAGAGAAAAGAGAUAGCCGCUCUCGCUAACGGCGCAGCUGCACCACAGCUUACCGUUCAGGAGCUGAACAAUCUCCGCGAUCAGUACAGCAAAAAGCCGACCGAUCAGGCGCUGGGACUGACUUUGGCCAAAAAGCUGGUGGAAGCUGCAAAGGUCUUGUCAGAUGAUGGUGGUAAAGCAGACGCCAAGACUACACAGAAGAAUCGAGAACGGUACAUUUUCGAAGCGCAUAAAUUGAUCAAGAAGUUGGUGGCAACCAAUUACCCCGAGGCCAUGUUCUACCUUGCCGAUUGUCAUGGACAAGGGCUUCUGGGACUACCUGUGGAUCCUAAGGAAGCUUUCCAUCUGUAUCAAUCGGCGGCCAAAGUGGGUCAUGCACCAAGCGCAUAUCGAGUGGCAGUUUGCUGCGAAUUGGGAUCUGAAGAAGGUGGCGGCACUAAACGAGACCCGCUAAAGGCCAUGCAAUGGUAUAAACGAGCUGCGACGUUGGGAGACGCACCGGCCAUGUACAAGAUGGGCAUGAUCCUCCUGAAGGGUCUGCUUGGACAGCAGAAGAACCCAAGAGAAGCAGUGUCUUGGUUGAAGAGAGCGGCAGAACGGGCGGACAAAGACAACCCCCACGCUUUGCACGAACUGGGGUUGUUGUAUGAGUCGGCAGCGUCUACGGAUCAUAUUGUCAAGGACGAAAAGUAUGCGUUGUCGCUUUUCCAACAAGCGGCGGAUCUGGGUUACAAGUAUUCACAAUUUCGAUUGGGAUCGGCAUUUGAGUAUGGCUUGCUCGGUUGUCCGAUUGACGCACGACAAAGUAUCGCGUGGUACUCGAAGGCAGCGGCGCAAGGGGAACAUCAAUCCGAGUUGGCGCUUAGUGGAUGGUAUUUGACCGGAUCGGAACCAUUACUUCAACAGAGCGAUACUGAGGCGUUUUUGUGGGCGAGAAAGGCUGCGAGUUCGGGACUUGCAAAAGCGGAGUAUGCCAUGGGAUACUUUUAUGAGGUUGGGAUUGGUACGGCGGUGGAUGUUGAGGAGGCGAAGCGGUGGUAUUACCGGGCUGCCUCUCAAUAUUUCCCCAAGGCACGUGAACGAUUGGAGGAGUUGAAAAAGGGUCAGAAGAUGCAGAAGACGAGGGUUUCGAGAUCGAAUGUGAACCGGCAAAGUGAUGGGGAGUGUUCAGUGAUGUGAUACUACAUCUUACCUUACUUCGGGAUGUCUGCGUGACGCGGGCUCACUUAUUUCGAUCUCUAUCGGGGGGUUCGAUCUAGACAGUACCAUGGGCUGGGGAUCACGGUGCGGUCUUCAUCGUUUGACACUUCAACGGACAUUAUUGCAGACAAAGCUUUCUUUAA